CUCAGCUCUGCCUUCGAAAAGAAAUCUUGUGUAAAUCUCCGUCAUCGUCUUCAUCCCGCCGAAUUUCUCUGCUUCAUUUUUCACCAGCAAUGGCGUCAGAUUCUUCUCCAGUUAACUUCAAUACAGGUCCUUCGUCGCCGGAUGAUUCAUUCUCUAGUCCCAUCGGAAACACCGUCUCCUCCUCAGGAGACGGGUAUCGCCGUCGAAGCCGUCGCCGGUCAUCUACUCCUUCGGAAAUGGCUACGCCGCCGCGUCAACGACCCCGAAUGUUCUCGUCUGAAACCACACCGACGGCUAAGGAACCGCGCUCGCGCCGUCGAGGCGGUGGGCGAAGAGCGUCGGGCAGUGAAGCCCCUCCGAUAGCUGCCACACCUUCUUCGACGGAUGAUAUUCCGCCAUCGACUGAACCUGGUGACGGCGAUGACAUGGAUGAGGACCAUCCGACCUUUGUAUGGGGGACGAAUAUCAGUGUUGACGAUGUAAAGGGAGCUAUUAUUCGGUUUUUGAGGCAUUUCCGUGAUCGUCAGGCGUCGCAGUCUGAAGGGGAUUUUCAUACUGAGGGGAAAUACGCGGAGGUAAUCAAGAGGGUUCUUGAAAUUGAAGGGGAUUCGCUCGAUGUGGAUGCGCAGGAUUUGUUCAAUUACGAUACCGAUUUAUACACAAAGAUGGUGAGGUACCCUCUCGAGGUUCUUGCUAUUUUUGAUAUCGUUCUGAUGGAAAUGGUGCCCCAAAUCAACCCAUUGUUCGAGAAGCACAUUCAAACUCGGAUAUUCAAUCUCAAAACUUCUACUUCAAUGAGAAACCUUAACCCAUCUGACAUUGAGAGGAUGGUAUCACUGAAGGGAAUGAUUAUAAGGUGUAGUUCGAUCAUUCCUGAGAUCAGGGAGGCGAUAUUUAGAUGUCUCGUAUGUGGGUACUAUACUGACCCUGUAGCUAUUGAAAGAGGACGAAUAACUGAGCCCACUAUAUGCUUGAAGGAAGAGUGCCAAGCAAGGAACUCCAUGACAUUGGUUCACAAUCGAUGCAGGUUUGCCGAUAAGCAGAUUGUGCGGCUUCAGGAGACUCCUGAUGAGAUACCUGAAGGAGGAACGCCUCAUACUGUAAGCUUGUUAAUGCACGACAAGCUGGUUGAUACUGGAAAGCCUGGUGACAGAGUUGAGGUCACUGGGAUUUACAGGGCCAUGAGUGUGAGAGUUGGACCAACCCAGAGAACUGUAAAAUCAUUGUUCAAGACUUAUAUAGACUGUCUUCAUAUAAAGAAGACUGAUAAGUCAAGAAUGGUGGCAGAAGACCUGACUGAAGCUGAGAACCGGUUGGGUGGAAACGUGGAUGAUGUCUCAUUUGAUGAAGCGAAGGUGGAAGAGUUGAAAGAACUCUCCAAAAAGCCUGAUAUAUAUGACAGACUGACCAGGUCAUUGGCUCCUAAUAUUUGGGAGCUUGAUGAUGUAAAGAAGGGCCUUCUUUGCCAGCUUUUUGGUGGGAAUGCUUUGAAAUUGGCAUCUGGUGCAAGCUUCCGUGGAGAUAUUAACAUACUUCUCGUUGGUGAUCCUGGAACCAGCAAGUCUCAGCUUCUUCAAUACAUACACAAACUAUCCCCCCGUGGCAUUUACACCAGUGGGAGGGGUAGCUCUGCUGUUGGUUUGACUGCUUAUGUCACCAAAGAUCCCGAAACAGGGGAAACAGUACUGGAGAGUGGAGCCUUGGUUUUGAGUGACCGGGGCAUAUGCUGCAUUGAUGAAUUUGAUAAAAUGUCUGAAAAUGCAAGGAGCAUGUUGCACGAGGUGAUGGAGCAACAAACUGUUUCAAUAGCAAAGGCUGGAAUUAUUGCUUCCCUUAAUGCCAGGACUUCAGUAUUGGCUUGUGCAAAUCCUAGUGGUUCACGUUAUAACCCUCGCCUAUCUGUGAUUGAUAACAUACACCUUCCUCCUACUUUGUUAUCAAGGUUUGACUUGAUUUAUCUAAUUUUAGAUAAAGCUGAUGAGCAAACAGAUAGGCGCCUUGCUAAGCAUAUUGUCUCACUACACUUUGACAACCCAGAGGGCAUCGAGCAGGAUUUCUUGGACCUUCAUACCUUGACUUCAUAUGUCAGCUAUGCUAGGAAAAAUAUUCACCCAAAAUUGUCAGAUGAGGCAGCUGAAGAGUUGACUAGAGGCUAUGUUGAGCUGAGGAGGAGAGGAAACUUUCCAGGCAGUAGUAAAAAGGUCAUUACAGCUACCCCCAGACAAAUUGAGAGUUUAAUACGUCUAAGCGAAGCUCUUGCUCGAAUACGUUUCUCAGAAUGGGUUGAAAAGGGGGAUGUUCUUGAGUCAUUCCGGCUUCUAGAAGUUGCAAUGCAACAAUCUGCAACAGAUCAUUCUACAGGAACUAUUGACAUGGAUCUGAUUACCACGGGAGUAUCGGCAAGCGAAAGGAUGCGAAGGGAGAGUUUAUUAUCGGCAACUCGCAACCUUAUUAUGGAGAAAAUGCAGCUUGGAGGACCCUCCAUGCGCUUGGCCGAGUUGUUGGAUGAGUUGAAGAAGAAGAAUCCUGAUAAUGAAGUCCAUCUCAACAACCUUAGAAACGCAGUAUCGACACUUGCAAGUGAGGGAUUUGUAGCAAUCCAUGGUGAUAGCAUAAAGAGAAUAUGAGGAGUUUGAAGACGAUGAUGGCAGGGAACUUCUUUUGCAAUUUCCAAGCCAUAUUGAUUAGUUCAGAUCAAAUGAAGCCACGGGAAAAACAUCCAUGCUUGGCAUCUAGGUAUCACUAGAAUGAGUUAUUCUUGUUGCAUAGAAUCUCAUGUGCUUUUUCUUCCCUCCCUCUCUAACCUUAUGUAACAAUAUGUUAUUUGCUGGUUUAAUCAUGGCUAAUAUAGUUUUGACUGCAGGUAUUUAUAUAGUGAUAGUUUUCCUCAUAUAUUUUUCU